AUGGAUGUACCAAAGUUGGAAGAAGACUCCUCCUUUGCGGAGUGUAUGAAAGCACAAAGCAAUUCGUCCCUGAGCGCGGCCACGAAUGCCGCUGAUGGAGUGAACAUCUCCGCCUGCGGGAGCGUGUCCGUGGGUCCGAACCUGCAGCCGCCCUCGCACAAAGAGAUGCACUCUGUGCGGAUCCUGCUUUAUUCACUCAUCUUUCUACUGGGUGUCUUCGGGAACCUGCUUAUCAUUACGGUGCUGUUGGUAAACAAGCGUAUGCGCACAGUGACCAACUCCUUCCUGCUGUCCCUGGCAGUCAGUGACCUGACUAUGGCAAUUUUCUGCAUGCCAUUCACCCUUAUCCCUAACCUGCUGGAGGACUUCAUCUUUGGUGCUGCCAUGUGCAAGAUUGUUGCCUACUUCAUGGGGAUUUCAGUGAGCAUCUCCACCUUCAGCCUGGUUGCCAUAGCAAUUGAGAGAUACAGUGCUAUCUGUAACCCCCUUAAGUCCCGGGUGUGGCAGACCCGUUCCCAUGCUUACCGGGUGAUUGCUGCAACAUGGGUGAUCUCCUUCCUUCUUAUGACCCCCUACCCCAUCUUCAGUGCCCUGGUAACGUUCAGCAAGCCCAAUAAUGUCACUGCACACAUGUGUCGCCUGAGCUGGCCGCGGAGCCAGGUGGAGCAGUCAUGGUACAUCCUUCUGUUGUUUGUCCUGUUCUUCAUCCCUGGAGUUGUGAUGAUCAUUGCCUAUGGACUCAUAUCCCGGGAACUCUAUCGCGGAAUACGGUUUGAACUUGGGCAAAAAAGAGAAGGAGGUGGUCUUAAGAAUGGUCUGAGUGGUACAAUGUCAUCUGGCAGUGAUGAGGAUGAUGGCUGUUACAUUCAGGUGGCAAAAAAGCCCAACGCUUUGGAAAUGUCAGCACUGACUCCAGUGGGCACAGCCAAGGCAGAGUGUCCACGUAGCAACACCUCGGAGGCUAAGUUGAUGGCUAAGAAACGAGUGAUCCGCAUGCUUAUUGUCAUUGUUACUAUGUUCUUCAUCUGCUGGAUGCCCGUGUACUCUGUGAACACCUGGAAGGCUUUUGACUUUCAAUCAGCCCAUCGCGCCCUGUCCGGGGCGCCCAUCUCCUUCAUUCACCUGCUCUCGUACACCUCGGCCUGUGUCAAUCCCAUCAUCUACUGCUUCAUGAAUAAGCGAUUCCGCAAAGCUCUACUCUCCACCUUCACCCGCUGUUCAAAGCCCUGCCGGCGCCUCCACCAAGUUGACGAUGACAUCGCCACCACCGGCGCCUCGCUCUCCAAGUUCAGCUACACCACUGUAAGCAUGAUGGGUCCAUCCUGA